AUGGCUGUUUAUACCCCUCCUAAUAAAUCAACUGAUAACUCAUCAAAGAGUCCUACUGAUACUACUGAUGAUUCCUCAAGAGAUAUUGAGAAAUUUUAUAUACGGCCAAGUUUAGGUUUGAAAAUGUGGGGACCUUUAGUUCCUGCAUCUGACAAUAAAACUGGCCUUUGGGCUUUGGUUGGUACACAAACAGUUAUUGGGAUUUUAUGUGUGCAAAGAUUCCGAAUGCUAAGAUUAAGACCUAUUUCACAAUCUACCUCUACGCUAGGUUUCAAGAAGUUAUCUGGUAGAAAUAUUGCAGAUAUACCAAGCUUAAAUCGAUUUUCAACAGCUAAUGGCUCAUUAAUGACCAGCUCUAAGCCAAAAAUCUUUCAAUUAAUUAGCCAAUUUAAGCUUAAAUCUUCAAAUAGUUAUAAACAGUUUAAAACUAAAUAUCAACAUUUCUCAAAAUAUAUUUAUCUAUUAUUUGGUUCUGUCAUCCUAUUUCAGUCGAGUCUAGAAACACUUCGACUAACAAUAAUCAAAUAUGAUCCAUGGUGUGAAGAAGUUAAAAGUUUAAGAAAUAAAAAAUUAUUUAACGAUUUAAUUAAAUUUUAUCAUGAAGGGAUUGAUCCUAACAAAGUGAAAGUUAAAGAUGCUACUAGUGGCAAUAUUUUGUCAAUUAAUAUACCUGAAGUUAAACAAAGUGUUGCAUUAGUUAGAGCUCAAGCAGAGUCACAAAAUCCUAUCAUUAAAUGGUUCGGCCCUAUUCAAUAUAAACCGAUGUCAUUCAGUGAUUAUUUGGAUCAGUUGGAAUUUCAUCUAGAUAUGUUGGAAUCUUUCCAAAAAAAAAAUAGUGUUAAUGAAGCUUCCGAGCAUUUAAGAAAUCAAUUGGCCAAUACUGAUGAAGAAAUUCAAAAUUUUAUUAAGAAAAAUAAAGAAAAUAGAGAAAAGGCACUCAAAUAUGUAAUUAACUCUUCCAAUGUUUCCUUUAUAGAUAGCUCUGAUUCACAACCUAAUGAAAACUCUGAAGCUGAUAUCACUGAGAGAAAGAAGCUAAGGAGAUCUAAUAGAAGUAUAAUACUAGGCCCUGAUAAGAGAAACAUUACUGAUCUAGACAUACCAGAACUUUGGACUAUGUAUAACCCAUGGACUAGCUUAGCACUAGAUACAUCAUUAAGUAUUAAGUUUCUUCCAACGGUAGUUAGUCCAGAAUCCUCCAAAGAGGAAUCCGAUAAAAUGCUUCCGGGAGAAAAUGAUCCAGAUAAUGAUACUACUGAACUAUCAAUUACUAAGGAUCCAACAAAACCUACUUCAUAA